AUGACGACUGCGCUGGACCAGAAAGCGCCUGCGCCGGCGCUGGAAUCGUUCCAUCCCGUCGAGACCAAUGCCGCUUCUAUUACACCUCCAAACAGCGCCGACGGCAAGAAAAAUGUGUCUGAAGGAGUGCCCUCCGAAUUGUCCGACCUCGACUUGGAUCAACAUGCGGAGGCGCCAUCUGUGGAGGCCGUUGAGGAGGAUAUCGAGCCCGAUCACUACUACGAAGGAGGACGGAUACCCGUUUUCAAGCCGACCAUGGACCAAUUCCGCGACUUUCAAGCUUUCAUUCAAAAGAUUGACAAAUACGGCAUGAAGUCCGGCAUCGUCAAAGUCAUUCCGCCACAAGAAUGGAGAGACUCUCUUCCCGCACUCGACGAAGCGGUCAAAAGCAUUCGAGUCAAAAAUCCCAUCAUGCAGGAAUUUCACGGCGCUCACGGAACUUAUACUCAAGCCAACAUCGAAAAGCAGCGAUCAUACAAUCUUCCACAGUGGAAAUCCCUGUGCGACGACGGAAGCCACCAACCUCCUGCCAGGCGAGGCGAGCGCCGCCGAAAUCAAGAGAAAGCCCGUGCUCCUGCUGUCAAGACUCACACCCCGACUGUCAGAUCUGGCUCGCAGAAGCGCGGCCCAGGUCGUCCGCCAAAGCGAACGAGAGAAGUCAAAAUUAAAGAAGAGUCACCCGUUGAUGAUCGCUCUGAAAAGUCACGUUUGGAAGGACCGCCAACACCAGUUUCCCCCGAAUCGAACCCAGUUGAAGCAAAGACCGAAGACCUCAGCGAUGGAGAGGAUCUCCCGCCUGCAAAACGUAAAGGCCGACAGCCAAAGUCGGUGUCUGCGCGAAGAAAGCACAAUCGCGGCGAUGCACCCGACCAGGUGGACGAAGAAGCGUUCAAAGAUUUCGACUACCGCAUUCACGAUAACGACGAAUAUACCGCCGAACGAUGCGACGAGCUGGAGACCGCAUACUGGAAAUCGCUCAUGUUCAACAAUCCCAUGUACGGAGCGGAUAUGCCUGGUUCACUCUUUGACGAUUCGACCACUUCAUGGAACGUGGCAAAGCUUCCCAAUCUGCUCGAUGUUAUAGGACAAAAAGUCCCUGGUGUCAACACUGCUUAUUUAUACCUCGGCAUGUGGAAAGCGACAUUUGCCUGGCAUUUGGAAGAUGUGGACCUGUACAGCAUCAACUAUAUUCAUUUUGGUGCUCCAAAACAAUGGUACAGCAUCUCUCAAGAGGAUGCACCUCGCUUCGAAGCAGCCAUGAAAAGCUUCUGGCCAAGCGAUGCAAAGAACUGUGACCAGUUCCUCCGUCACAAGACGUACUUGGUUUCUCCCAGUAUCUUGAAGUCGCGGUUCGGCAUCACAGUGAACAAAGUCGUCCACUACGAAGGCGAGUUUAUGAUCACGUAUCCAUAUGGCUAUCACUCUGGAUUCAACCUAGGAUACAACUGCGCUGAAUCGGUCAACUUUGCCACCGAGCAAUGGCUGAACUAUGGUCGCGUCGCCAAAAAGUGUAAUUGCGAGUCCGACAGCGUUUGGAUCGACAUUGGUGAUAUCGAGCGAAAAUUGCGAGGCGAGCCCACGCCAGAGUACUAUGAUGAAGAAGAUCUUGAUAGUGAUUUGAGUGAUGAGGACGGUGCAUCUGACCUGCUCACUCCUCCUAGUAGCGUGCCUGAGAAAUCAACUCGCGGUAGAAAGCGCAAGAUUGAGGGCGAUGAGCCCCGCUCGAAGCGCGCUCGUAUGCAGAAUCAUGCCAUUCGCAAGAUCCCUUGUGUUCUAUGUCCGAAUGACAUGGACUAUGAAGAUCUGCUUCCAACAGAGGACGGCAAAUUCCAUGCACACCGUCGUUGUGCGACGUACAUUGAAGAGACCUCUAUCCUCCGCGAUGAUUCUGGACGGGAAGUUGUCUGCGAUAUUGACAAGAUCCCCAAAGCACGCAUGGGUCUGAAGUGUCUAUUCUGCCGCGAAGUGCGGGGAGCCUGCUUUCAGUGCAAUUUCGGGAAAUGUACGCGGGCGUACCACCCCACUUGCGCUCUUCUGGCUGGAGUGCAGGUCGAGUUUGGUUCGAUUCUGGUGAUUGCAGAUAGUGGCCAGCAGUACUAUGUACCUAGCGUUGACCUGAAAUGUAAAUAUCAUCGACAGAAGCGACUCGGCUCGUCGGAGACAUCUGAUGAAGACCGCAGGGKGGUUCAGGCAGCCAGUCGGCUGUCGAUGGGCGAUCUGCUGCAGUUCCAGGCCGACAAGGAAAUCAACGGAGCCGUUGUGCUGGAAAACCGGCCGAUUGAGCGGAUGCUGAAGCUCAAGGUGCUGCCCCGCGGCGACAUGAUUGAGUUGCCAUACCGGUGGAUUCUGGUCGUGCGCAAGACCAAUUUCGCACCACUUCCACCAGGGACACAGCCGCUGCCUGCUCAUCUGGUGCGAAAGGCCGAAACACACCGCGACCUGUCCACCACGGUGCCUCAACCGGGGACGCCGUUCCACGAUGCCAACGCACCAUUCCAGUGGGCGGAGUUCGAGAUGGCACCGCUCCCAGCAGAGGCGAUUCGCGUGCACGUCGACAUUGCUAGCGACAAGCCGGAGCAAAUCUGGUAUUAUCUGGGCGAGACGUCGACAGAAUGCAGAGCGCAGUUUACACACAACCCUAGUGUAACGGUCCACAACGCGCGGUCGAAUUUCCUAGAGAUGGUGAAGUCAGCUAGCGCGUUGUCCGCGGGCCGAUUUCGCCUGCCUAGUGGUAGUGCUGUUGGUGUCGGAAGGAGAACCCCCCACCACCUCUCUGCCCCUCCAAACACAACGCUUCCCAGUUCUUCUUCGUCAUUGCAGCGCCGCUCCCCAAACACUGCAAUGACUCCUGCCUACCGACACCUUCCACCCCAUCAUCAUCUCUCUCACUUCCACAAUGCUGCUGCCAAUACCAAUUCCUCUGCUCACUUCUACGCCGCUAAUGCUGUCCGCCCUAACCCCUACGCCGCCUUCCCGAAAUCUCAGCCCGAUCCGCCUUCGAAUACUUUUGCCAAUGUGCGGGAGUUGAUCGCUCGUCGCCGCCUGGCGCAAAUGACCGACCAUGCCAAUGUCCUCGCCGGGUACAAAAUCGUCAGCUCCGAGCUGGUCGUCGAGACACUCCUCGGGCCUAUGGGCUCUGUGCCGCCCGAUAAUGGCAUGGAAAAAUUGGAAUUGGCCAUGGCCCAGCAACGUGUCCAGCCUAGAGCCUUGGACGGCACCUUGCUGCCCCUCCAACCACUCAACAUGCGAUCGGAAGAAGUCACAACACUGCUUCGGAUGCUGCGGUUUUCCGUUGUUACUUAUCGCGACCGUCUCGAUGUAAUUGUCAAAAAGGAGCCCGAUUAUAUAAAACAAGAGCCAUUCGAUCGGCCCAACUACGGUCGGGUGGCUGGGAGGUUCGCGUACCUGGAACAACAAGCCGCCCAAACACCCGCUGUUUACAAAUCACCAUACGAGUCGCCCUUUGGCGUAGCCGAAUGGGCCAAGAAGGAAUAUAAUCUUGUGGAAGAGGAACCUUUUUCGAAACCGUCGCUGGCCAAUGACUACUUCGCGUCGCUGUCGGCUGCCGACCAGGAAAAAAUCGUCAAGGCCUGUGGUAGCUGGGUACAAGAACGGAUCGUCGAAAGAGCCCCAAGUCACAGUCGACAGAGUUCAACGUCGAAUUUUCGCUUGUCGACGGCGCUCGCCCAACAAAAUAACAACAAUAAUAAUAACCCGACCAUCGACAUUACCGCAGUUGAUGAUAUUCCGAUGACUGGGAUGGAUCGGAUGGAUCGAUUAGAUCGAUUAGAUUUUCCAUUACAUGCAGACUCGCCGAGAUCCAGUUUCAGUCGGCCUCAUCUGGUCGGGUUUCCAUCACCGCACGACUUCACCAGCCAUGGUGACCAUGAUUCAUCUAUAGUUCCUCGACAUCUGUCGGACCAUCACGAUCUCUUUGGGGACCAGCAAGCCAAUACUCGGUUCUGGCAACAUGGCCCGUGGGGUCCAGGUGGUGAUGGGACGACGCCUAUAGAAGAGAAUCGGCCGUUCUUUGGGCCUCAUGAGCGAUUGAAACACGACUACGCUUCGUCUGAACUUUCUAUGGGUCGCGGACCGGGUUCCUUGCAUUCUGUUGAUAUGGCUGGAUUUGGGAUGGACACGACAGAGGAUCUGGGUGAAGUCCUCAGUCCUUGA